GGGAAAAGCACGAACACUUGACAUUCGCAAUCAGUCAGCCCGCCACUAAAGACAUGCUCUUGGUCACAAUAUUAAUUGGAGUUCUCCUGGCGGUGCCAGUCCAUCCGCAAACGGAUUCCGUUCAAAGAAAGCUGGGCUACAAUCCCAACUAUGAUGUCUGGUACUUGAUGCCACCGGCACAGGUCCAAAAUCUAACACCGACUGUCAUGAAGGAAUAUCAGAGAACCAGAGACGACGGCGGUGUUUGCAUUAAAGAUAAUAUUUGGAUCUAUUGCCGGACUGGCAAACCAUUAAAUUAAAAAAAUCCCAAAAUCCCUACGAGUGCUUUUCGCCAGCUUUUGUAGUGCAAUGUCACAGCUGGAAUUUCAAUGGAAAUAAAUCUAAUUUGUUUAUGUGAAAAAAAAAA